UGUGCACCACAUUCCCUCUCCUUCCAGCAAAAAGACUCUCUCCUCUGCGCCCCAGCAAUGACAUCCUUCAGCAGCCGUAGUUUCAUGUCUUCUGGAGGGGGCUUCGGUGGAAGCUCCAUGCGGGGAGCUUCUAUGGGAGGCAUGUCUCGGUCAUCUGUAAUUGGCGGUGGAGGCAGUGGAGGCGGUGGCCGCAUAAGCGCCAUGCGUGCUGGCAGCGUGUAUGGGGGUGCAGGAGGCUACGGGGUCCGUAUUUCCACUGGGGCAAGCACCUUUGCAGCUGGUGGCGGCGGCGGCGGUGGAGCUGGCUUUGGCUUUGGUGGUGGCGCUGGUGGUGGAGGAGGGUUUGGCUUUGGUGGUGGCGCUGGAGGAGGCUUUGGAGGAGGCGAUAUGGACCUCAACGUGACCGUCAAUGAGAAGGCAACCAUGCAGAACCUAAACGACCGUCUGGCAACCUACCUGGAGAAGGUGCGCUCGCUGGAGAAGGCCAACGCAGAUCUCGAGCUGAAGAUCAGACAGUUUCUGGAGAACAAAACCUCACCUUCUGCGAGAGAUUACUCUGCCUACCAGGCCACAAUCAGCGACCUGCAAGAUAAGAUCCAAGAUGCCACUCGUGUCAAUGGGGGAGUCUACCUUGCCAUCGAUAAUGCAAAAUUGGCCGCUGAUGACUUCAAGACCAAGUAUGAGAACGAGUUGGCCAUGCGUCAGUCUGUGGAAGCAGAUAUCGCUGGGCUGAAGAGACUCCUUGAUGAGUUGACAUUGGCAAGAUCCGACCUGGAGAUGCAGAUUGAAGGCUUAAAGGAGGAGCUUAUCUUCCUCAAGAAGAACCACGAGGAGGAACUGGCAUCCAUGCGCAGUCAAAUGACUGGUUCAGUGAAUGUGGAGGUGGACGCAGCUCCUCAGGAGGAUCUGAACCGUGUGAUGACUGAGAUCCGUGAGCAGUACGAGGGAGUCGCUGCCAAAAACCGGCGUGACCUAGAGGCCUGGUUCCAAACCAAGUCAGAGACACUGACUAAGGAGGUUGUGGCCAGUACAGAGACCCUCCAAGUGUCCAAGACUGAAAUCACAGAGCUUAGACGCACCCUUCAAGGCCUGGAGAUCGAGUUACAAUCUGAACUCAGUAAAAAAGGGUCUCUUGAGGGAACUCUUGCAGACACAGAAGCACGUUACUCCAUGCAGCUGACUCAACUACAGGGUCGGGUAACAAGUCUGGAGGAGCAGAUCGUUCAGCUCAGAGCUGACACGGACAGACAAUCUCAGGAGUACAAAAUGCUGUUGGACAUCAAGACCCGGCUGGAGAUGGAGAUUGCGGAGUACAGGAGACUGCUGGAUGGAGGAGCAAGCAGCUUCACCACUACUGGUGGAGGAGGAGGAGGAGGAGGAGGAAUGAGCUCUACCAAAUCCGUCAUGGUGAAGACCAUUGUGGAAGACAUUGUUGAUGGACAAGUGGUGUCAAGUACUACUAAAUAAACACCAAACACCACUGUCACACCAGUUUUCAGGCUUUCCACUGUGAUCCACUGUUUCAGAAUAAAAUCAGUGAUGACGCAGAAA